ACCUGAAGGCAUCUCCCGUCUCCACGACUACAUCCGGGACAUUUAACAGCUCCACAUGUCGGCAGGUUCAGAUGCCAAAGACUUUCUUGCAUGAGAAGAAGCUGUUUUAGUUACUCUCGUUUCAACGACGCCGUUUGGAAGAAGAGAUGGCGCUGAUGGGAGUUCAGCUUGUGGUCAGCUUACUGGCCGCCAGCAUAAUGCAGAGGAUGGCUCCACAUUGCUCAUUUGCACGCUGGCUCCUCUGCAACGGCAGUUUGUUGCGAUUCAAACACCCUUCAGAGGGAGAGCUGUGUGCCCUGGCAGGAAAGCAGAUGCCCAAACAAAACAGGAGAGACAGGCGGCAGAAUGGGGAGAAUAAGCCGCUCACUGUGCCCAAAGACAUUGACCUUCACCUGGAGAAAGCACCAGUCAACGUCAUUGACGCUCUCGUGCUGCGCUUUUUCCUGGAGUACCAGUGGCUUGUAGAUUUUGCAGUCUAUGCAACCGGAGUUUUCUUCUUCACUGAGUGUUACUAUAGUGUGGUAGAUGCCAGCAAAGAGGUUAAUAUUGGAGCCAUCUGGUGUGUCCUGACUGUUCUCUUCUGUCUAAAGACCCUUCACACCCUAAUGAGCCACUACUUCCGCUCUGAGGAGGGUGGUGAGCGCUCAGUGUGCCUUGCCUUUGGUUUUCUGUGUCUGCUUGUGGCCAUGCUAGUGUUGGUUGUCAGAGAGGACUACCUGGAGUUCGGCCUAGAGCCGGGUUUUUCCAGCCUCUUUGACAACUUGGAAAUCUUUGUCAAACAGCAGGGCUACGCUGACUGGUCAAUCCCAGUGACUAAGCUGACAGUGAAGCUUGGUUUGGCUGCUGUCUGUGCCUACAUCGGAGCUCUCUUGGCCUUCCCUGGACUGCGGCUGGCUCAAACUCACUUAGAUGCGGUGCAGAUGAACUCAGACCGUCCACUCAUCCAGAUUCUGCUGCAUAUGGGUUUUCUGUCUCCAGUCAUUGUGUUGGUUUUGUGGGUGAAACCCAUUGCAAGAGACUUCCUGGCCAAUGCACCUAUGGGAAAGACUUCUGUUACUCUAGUAUCCAGCGAAACAUUUGACAGCAUGCGUCUUUGGAUCAUCGUGGUGUCGUGUGUGCUGCGGCUGGGUCUCACCCGUUAUCACCUCCAGGCCUACCUCAACCUAGCUCAAAAAUGGGUAGAGCAGAUGAAAAAGGAGGCAGGACGUAUUGCUGCAAUUGACAUCCAACGAAAGGUUACACGUGUGUUUUGCUACCUGACAGUAGUUAGUCUUCAGUAUCUGAUUCCAAUUCUGCUCAUCCUAUUCUCAACACUGACACUUAAGGCACUGGGGGACUUCUCCUGGAGUACAGGUGCCCAGGAUACCCCUGGUGUGACACCAGCAAUCAUCAUGCCCACAGCUGCACCUGUCUUGUCUGGAGCUCUAGAUGAAGAUGAAGAAGGGAUGGAGGACAUGGAGGAAGACAUCCAAGCUACAGUAGCUCGACUGUCAGAGACUUUCACAGCGCUGCGAUCUGUCCUCACACCGCUUUUCUACAGAGGGUUUUUUGCCUUUCUCACCUGGUGGGUGGCUGCCUGCCAGGUCAUAAGCUCUCUGUUUGGCAUCUACUUCCAUCAGUACCUUAUGCAAAACUAACUAAGGAAAAUGGAGUGCCAUACUUCUAUACAUCCAGCAAUCAGCUCAUAUUAUGCUGUUGCACAGGAUGCCUGCAGACAGCAGAGGGGACAUUUCAUUAAAAUAGAACUGCAGCUGGAUUGCACCAUCUUUCUGGUUGUAACUGAUCAAGGUUGGAUGCUGUCUGUUGCAAUAUUUACUACUUUUUGACCUUGUAACUUUUUGAGACCAGCAGGACUCUGGCAUUAGUAACACACAAAUAUACAGAAAGAAACUGAGUGGGGUCUGCAUCACAAAUCAACGGCAGUUUAGUCCGCCUUAACAUGUAUCACAAUGCUAAUUCUAAAUUGGCUCAGUAAAAUCUGGGUUUAAUUGGCCCAGAAGGUGGCACCAUAUACCGAUACUGAUGAUAGCGGUGAUAAUUCAAAUGAAGAAAAUUAUAUUGCAUUAA